GUUAUUUUUAAUUUAUGUGUGUUUUGUCAGUUGUAGAAUUUGUAUCCUAUCUAUGAAUCUGUGUGGUAAGAGAGCAUCCAAGCUCAAAAACUGCCAAAGCUUCCUUGUAUGGCUGCUCUCAAACAUGCUAACUCUCUCUAUCCUCUUUUUAACUUCAACAUCUUCCUUAGUCCUUACCAAUUCACACCAACUUCAAACCCUUCAACAUAGACACCUCAAAUGGCUUCAGCAACACCAAAACCACAGAAAAGACUAACAGAUUUUCUCAAAGAGCAACAAGAGCCUUUCAUCCUAGAGCUUUUCCUUCCAGAAAGAGGGUAUUCAAAAAGGUGGAGUUUGAAUGGAGAUUCAGAGACAGCUUCUAAAAAGAAAAGGGCUCUACUCCCAUUUUACCAACUUCUAAAAGCUCUAUAUAACAAGCUUGCUAUCCACAAAGAGACGAAAAAUAUUCUAAGCAAGGUUCAUGACCAAAGGAACAAUCAUGAAGCCUUGGUCGAUCAUAUUGUUCAGUUUUCAUCUCAUAGAAGCUCGGAUACUGAUGAAGAGGGAACUUCCAUAUUGUCACGUGAAGACCAGCACUUGUUUUAUUCUCACACUUUAUGCAACAUGGGACCGCACAGAAGGCAGCGGCAGAGAUGCAUAGAGGGUGGUCCUGAAUUACUGAGAAAGAUUCCUGGAUGCAGAGUUCCAAAUGUGAGGGAGGAUGUUAGGAGAAUGCAACAGAGAAUACGGAGCUGUGGUGUUAUUCUGCCAAAGAAUAUCAGAGAGGACUCAUUGUUAUCAGCUGCUAUCUGGAGUGGCUUACUUGAUGAGUCAAUAACGAAAGGGAAUUGUACUAGGGAGUUGGGAGUGCUUCUUCGUAGGACUAAUGAUGUUUCCCGUAUGCUGAAAUCUAAAAGGGUAUUGCAUAGGAUAAAGAAGAUGGUGUUUGAUUGUGUGAAAGAUAUUGCGAUAACUCUUCCAACAGAAGAAGACAGAACGAAAAGUUAUAAACAAGUCAUGGGGCCUCCAGAGAUUCGUCAGAGAACAAAAGAAUGGGACCAACAAGCCUUUGGUGGAGGAAACCGUACUAACUUAUUGACUUUGGAUUACUUGAAUUCAAUCAUGGAAUGGAGCAACUUCGAACCGCACGUGAAGGACAUUAGCGUUGAGAUCACCGAUGCAAUUUUGGAUAACAUCAAAAUUGAAAUUGUAAUAGAAAUGAUUGGAACUAUGACACCAAUAACCCCCUCAGAAUUUGGAUUUUAGUUAUCAUCUGGAUAUUUUCUAUUUUUCGCU